AUGGAUGGUGAAUCAUGGCAAACGAAUCUUGAAAGCUGGCGUGAGCGUCGACGAGCUGCUGCGAAAGCACUGGCCUUGGAGAUUCAGCAGCACUGCGAUGCCUCUCCGCAGAGUAGGGCUGUGACGAAGGACCAUAUUCUCUAUCCAAAUAACGACACCCAGGACAAUAUGCAAAAACUAAAGACUCCAGAUCGUGAUAUUCUGAAAAUGGGUCCUCAGUGUGCCUCUCAAUGUGAUGUCUGCUCUGGUAUUGGCAAUUUUGUCUCGUCUGCCCCAUCGCUGCCAUCCGAUAGAAAGCAAAGCUUUUCUUUCCACACAGAACCAAAACAAGCCUCUCCACCUAGCCGGCCUGAUGUCAAGACAGUUCAGUCAGAUGAUAUGGUCAUCCUCCAUCAGGCUGCAAUAGUUGUCGAGCCUGAAUCCUAG